AUGGACGGGCUCCGGGAUAGUGCAGGGCUGUUGAGGCGUGGACGGGUAAGGCGCCGGCGCCAGCCUCAGCCACACAGCGGGUCGGUCUUGGCCUUGUCCUUGAGGCCUAGGAAGAUCCGAAGGCAGCUGAGGAGGAGUGUUGCGUCCCGCAUGGCGGCGCUGAGAGCCCAGACGCUGCCAAGCGAGAACUCGGAGGACUCGAGGGUGGAGUCGACUGCUAACGACGUGGGGGACGCGCAGCCUGGUGGGGCGGCGGCCAUCUCGGACACGGCCCGGCGAGAGCAGUACGGCCACCAUGGGCCUGCAGAGCAGCUGGAGGCCCCGCCCGCUGCACCCUCCCUGCAGACCCCGCCGGCGCGCCUGGUGGAGGUGUCCGCUGCGCCGGCGCGCGUGCUGGAGACCUCUGCCCAGCUGUGCAGCGGCCAGUCCGGGGCCCCUGCGACGCUGUUGGGGCCGCAGGUGGACAGCACGGGUGGGGAGCUGUCCUGGGACUCCCCGCUGCGGCGCGUCCUGGCCGAGCUGAACCGUAUCCCCAGCAGCCGGCGGCGGGCGGUGCGCCUUUUUGAGUGGCUGAUCGCGCCCAUGCCGCCCGACCACUUCUACCGGCGCCUGUGGGAGCGGGAAGCGGUGCUAGUGCGGCGGCAGGACCACACCUACUACCAGGGCCUUUUCUCUACCGCCGACCUGGACUCGAUGCUCCGCAACGAGGAGGUGCAGUUCGGGCAGCACCUGGAUGCCGCGCGCUACAUCAACGGGCGGCGUGAGACCCUGAACCCGCCGGGCCGCGCCCUGCCCGCCGCCGCGUGGUCCCUGUACCAGGCCGGCUGCUCUCUGCGCCUCCUCUGUCCGCAGGCUUUCUCGACCACCGUGUGGCAGUUUUUGGCUGUGCUCCAGGAGCAGUUUGGAAGCAUGGCAGGCUCAAACGUUUACCUCACGCCCCCCAACUCGCAGGGUUUUGCCCCCCACUAUGACGAUAUCGAGGCUUUCGUGCUGCAGCUGGAAGGUAGGAAGCUCUGGCGUGUCUACCGACCCCGGGUCCCAAUUGAGGAACUGGCCCUAACAUCUAGCCCCAAUUUCAGCCAGGAGGACCUCGGUGAGCCAGUGCUGCAGACCGUGCUGGAACCUGGAGAUUUGCUCUAUUUUCCUCGGGGCUUCAUUCACCAAGCCGAAUGCCAGGAUGGAGUCCAUUCUCUGCACCUCACCUUAUCCACAUACCAGCACAAUACCUGGGGCGACUUCCUGGAGGCCGUACUGCCUCUGGCCGUGCAGGCAGCAAUGGAAGAAAAUGUGGAGUUUCGGAGGGGUCUACCCCGAGACUUCAUGGAUUACAUGGGGGCCCAGCAUUCGGAUUCUAAGGAUCCUCGAAGAACUGCUUUCAUGGAGAAGGUGCGGGUCUUAGUUUCCCGCUUGGGACACUUUGCUCCUGUCGAUGCUGUGGCUGACCAGCGAGCCAAAGACUUCAUCCACGAUUCUCUGCCCCCUGUGUUGACUGAUAGGGAGAGGGCGCUAAGUGUUUACGGACUCCCCAUUCGCUGGGAGGCUGGACAACCUGUAAACGUGGGGGCGCAAUUGACAACAGAAACAGAAGUACACAUGCUUCAGGAUGGGAUAGCUCGGCUGGUGGGUGAGGGAGGCCAUUUGUUUCUCUAUUACACGGUGGAAAACUCCCGUGUUUAUCAUCUGGAAGAACCCAAGUGCUUGGAAAUAUACCCCCAGCAAGCUGAUGCCAUGGAACUCUUGCUUCGCUCCUACCCAGAGUUUGUGAGAGUAGGGGACUUGCCCUGUGACAGUGUGGAGGACCAGCUUUCCUUGGCAACCAUGUUGUAUGAUAAGGGGCUGCUGCUCACCAAGAUGCCUCUAACCCUAAACUAGUUUCUUGUUGAUUGCUGGAAAAAAGGGAGUAGUGAUUGUCCCCUACCACUGCCACUUUUUUAAAAUUUAUGCUCUUACCUUGAUAACCAUCAGUGUGCUUACAUUUACCUUUAUGACUGCUUCAAUGUCGUAAACCUCAGACCAUCUUUUGGGAAGAACCACCUCAUCUAGGUACAAAAGUAAAAGCAGAAGUUGGAAGUGGGAAAAAAAGGAGCUAUUUCUGCAAAAGUGACCUUGAUCCCUGAUUAUUUCAGAACACUAACUUCAUCACCUUCAGGCUUAAGUGUACUGUGUAGCACUGGCCAUGUUCUACUUAAGACAUCAGACAUUUUUAUUUGGAAUUUGCAUCUUUCAUUUGAGUUCUCUUUCAUCAGUUUGAGGGGAGGCUUGGGGUCAGUAUCCUGUUUGUUAUUGUUGAGUUUGUAUGAGUGUUAGGAAAGUUAUUAGAGUGCCAGAGAAUGUU